AUGGCCUCUCCCAGGCUCCGUCGGCUCCUGGCGUCCGUGGCGCUCGCCGUGCUGAGCUCGUCGCAGUGGAGGGCGCCCCCGCGCGGCUUCGUCCCCGCUCCGCCGCGCGCCCCGAGCAGGCGGGGCGCGCUCGCCCACGGCCUGCUCCUCGGCCCCGCGGCCCUCGCGGCAGGUGCCCCGCCUGCAUCGGCAGGGUACGUCCGCUGGGUGGGCGAGUACGAGGAUGGGACCGACCCUGGGCACCCGGGCUGCGAGCGCACCAUCGAGAAGAACGGGGCCGAUUAUCUCAUCUCCGGCACAAGCAGCAGCCAGCGUGGGCAGAAGAUCUGCUCCAAGACCAACGAAGUGAAGCGGUGGUACAUGGACGGCAAGGUUGAGAGCAACGUCCUCGGCGUCGGCAACACGAUGGCGGUCGACCUGCCCUCGAAGAGCGGCAGCAAGCUGGCCAAGCUGACGUUCGACCCGAGCCUUGGCAACCAAGGCGGGCUCAUCUUCCCGGACGGCACGGUGUGGGAGAAGUCGGGCCCCCUGGUCCGCAAGACCCAGUCCAGAGACAUGGGUUUCGAAGAGGCGUGGUGA